CCGCGCGGCCAAUGGAGGGCGGGCGGCCGAGGGGCGGCGCGCUCUGAUAGGGCGCGUGCCGGGGAGUUUGUCCGGGCGCUGCAAACGGCGGCACGUUGGAGCGGAGCGGCGCGCGGCCGAGGGCAGGUACAGAUGAGAGAACAGCAGAAGGGUCCCUGCUUGAUUGUGUGCCAACCUGCAGCUGCCAGCUUGCAACUGGAGAAGGAUACCUGAGUAGCUGGAGCUGUGUAAUUCAUCUCCCAGUGAUACCCUGACCUGUACUGCAGGAAGAUCUCCUGGGGCCUGUGUAGCUGACAGAGGCAGAGCUUUUGAGGAGACGUUCAGUCAUGCCACACUCUCUCUGUGAGUGCUAGCAUUCCAGCUCUCUGCAGUCCCAUCUGAGACUCUGUGGGCAGCACGCAGUGAUGGAGGACUCUCCAACAGAUGUUGUGGCUGAGGACAGUGACACAGGCUUCCAAGACACAGAGGCUGAACUGGCAGAGCGGGUGGCGGCCAUAGAUGUGUCUGUUCACCCAGACAGAAGUGACCAAAAUGGGGAAGACAUCACUGAAGAAAAUGACACCGUCUUUUCUGAUAUCGUAAAAGACAUCCAAAGAAAUGGAGUCAGCAGUGACGUGGAAACAAAUGAAUUCCUGCUCUCCCAACAACCAGACGAUGCUCACUGUGGGCAUGCUUCCAAGAGACCUCUUGCUAGACCUGUGCUAUCAAGUAGGAAGUUGUCUCUUCAGGAAAGAUCAUCAGGAAGUCAUUUGGCAUCGAGCAGCGCUCCGGGUUUUGGUCAUUAUGCCACAGGGCCAUCACCACGUAUAAUGCGGAGACCAACGAUAGAGUCCAAUCGAGUCUCCAUCUCGGAUGCUGAGGACUGUGUGCAAUUAAACCAGUACAAGCUGCAGAGUGAAAUAGGCAAGGGUUCCUAUGGUGUUGUGAAGCUGGCCUACAACAAGGAUGAUGACAAGUAUUAUGCUAUGAAAGUCCUCUCCAAAAAGAAGCUCCUGAAGCAGUAUGGAUUUCCACGUCGACCUCCUCCUAGGGGGUCAAAAACAUCCACUGGCGAGCAGUCUAAAACAAUGGCACCACUGGACAGAGUCUAUCAGGAAAUAGCCAUAUUAAAGAAACUGGACCAUGUCAACGUUGUUAAACUGAUAGAGGUUCUUGAUGAUCCUGCAGAAGACAACUUAUACAUGGUGUUUGACCUCCUGAGGAAAGGGGCUGUCAUGGAGGUACCAAGCGAUGAGCCAUUCAGCGAGGAUCAGGCCCGGCUCUACUUCCGAGACAUUGUUUUGGGCAUUGAGUACUUGCACUACCAGAAGAUCAUUCACCGGGAUAUCAAGCCUUCCAAUUUGCUCUUAGGAGAUGAUGGACAUGUUAAAAUUGCUGAUUUUGGAGUCAGUAAUCAGUUUGAAGGGAAUGAUGCCCAGCUUUCCAGCACAGCAGGAACACCAGCCUUCAUGGCACCAGAGGCCAUUUCAGACACGGGCAAAAGUUUCAGUGGAAAGGCACUUGAUGUAUGGGCCAUGGGAAUUACCCUGUACUGCUUUGUUUAUGGGAAGUGUCCUUUUAUAGAUGAAUAUAUUCUGGGUCUUCAUAACAAGAUCAAGAGCAAGCCUGUGGAGUUCCCAGAAGAAUUACAGAUAAGUGACGAGCUCAAGGAGCUGAUCUUACGCAUGCUUGAUAAAAAUCCAGAAACAAGGAUAACAGUCCCUGAAAUUAAGGUACAUCCAUGGCUAACCAAGGGUGGUGAGGAGCCUCUGCCCCUCGAAGAGGAGCACUGUACUGUGGUGGAGGUCACAGAGGAGGAAGUGAAGAACUCAGUGAAGACCAUCCCAAGUUUGCCUGCUGUGAUCCUAGUGAAGGCCAUGCUAAGAAAACGCUCCUUUGGAAAUCCAUUUGAAGUUCAGACCAGGCGGGAGGAGAGGUCCAUGUCUGCUCCAGGGAACCUGCUGAUAAAACAAGGGAGCAGAGAAGGAGGCAGGGACUCAGAGCUGCCUGAUGUGUGUGAAGAUGAAGCUACAUCCUGAAGCCACGUGGCUGUUGCAGGCUGGUUGCUCACGUGCUGCUGCUGCUGUACCCAUCGUGGUGUUUGGCACACAUCUGCUCACAUCGCAAAGUCCAGGGCCUGCAAAGCAAAAAGCAAAACGGACCAACCUAGCAAACUGAAAAGGAGGAAAAGAGCAGCAAUAAAGAAACGAGCGAGCCUCAGCUGGCAGAGGGCUGGCUUGGCCUCUUGGGCAGCUGUGUUCCUCAUGCGAGGUGUCCGUGUGCUCCUGUGUGUGCCUUGCUCUCCACUUGUGCUUCACGUGUGAGCUUUGUAGUUGGGUGUCUUGACCAAUGAAUGUUUUUCUUUGCAAUGCAACAAACCAAACGUUGUCUCGUGGGUCGUUCACCCUGGAGACCUUUUUCUUGCUUUUUUUUCAUCCUCUGUUUCAAAGAUCAGGAAAAAAAAACAACAUCAAAGCGAGGUCUUAUAUCAGAGAGCAACUCUUACUGCACUCAUAAAGCAUUCUGUGUACCAGGACACAGUCCUGUUCAGUUGGUGAUAACAUUUCUAUGGGUAGCAGUUACAGAAGGCCGAGAUCUUCCUUUUGGUGUUUACACUGUCAUUCUCUAUGCCUUUUUUUCCCUCCUCCUCUUAACCCUUAGUGUAAACCCUGCCAGCAUUGAUAGCUUUAUUCAUGGCAGUGUUGUAAACUAUAACAACUACAUAUUUCCUGUAUGUGCAAUGAGCCUUUGGAUGCCACAGGGCUGAACCACCAGGACACACUGUUACACGUCAAGGCUUAGUGCACAGGAGACAUCUGCUGAUGAACUCUUCCCAAGGAGCUGUGAUUUCAUUCCAUCACCUGCUCCGAGUCCUGUGCACAUGGGUGUCGUUAUGAAGUCUAAAAAGAAGUGACAGGUUUGGCAUUUAUCUCAUUUAAGGGUGAUGUCCUUUCACACACAUCUCUUAGCUCCUUUAAAAUGUGUGCCUGAUGCUUUUCAACUCCGAUUUCCUGGUAAAUGGCCCAAAAUGGGAGAGCUCUUGAGGAUGGGAAACAUUAUGGAAGGGUUUUAAAGCUAAGGAAGGUUACAGAACACAAAUGGGAUAAAAAUGAAAACUUGAUCUGUUGUUGCUUAAGACCAUAGUUUUUAAUUUUAAGACUGUAAUUUUAUGCACGUGCUGAUGCUGCUGAUGGCAAUCCAUAGAUUGCUUCCAAACUUGGGAUUAGAAGCUUCAUCUCUACGUUUGGCAACAGGUGAGAAUCUGCACUCAAGGAGCAGAUGCAGUCCUUUCAUCAGCUGCUGCCUGCACAGGCUGUGUGUAACCAGGAAUUUUGCUCUUGCAUGCCGAGAGUAAAAGCCAGUGACAUCAAUCCAUCACAAUGCACGCCGGUGUUUUCCUUUGAGCUUUAGGGGGUCUAAGCAUGCCUCCAGAAAGUCGAUGGACUGAAUUCUUGUACUUAAAGGACACGAUUCAGUUUGGUUCCUUACUGACUUUUUUAGGUUAACCAAGAGGGCUUGGGGCUUGAGUCCCUCUGAUUCUUUUGUGCCAGGGGAUAUGCAUACAAGGAUUAUUAAUAGCAACUGCUAUACUAAUUUUCCCAUUCUGUUCACUGUAGAUUAGUUUGGUUCCUAGCGAUUUUGUAGCUUGGCUUUGCUUCCAGUGCCUUCUGCUUGCCAGCCCCCGCCUGCCACCUCUUCACCCUCCCCUCCGCUCGUCUCCAGCUGCCUUGCAGUGCUGGUGGAAGCCCAGAGGCAGUCUGCAGCCUGGGCUGUGCCCCGCGUCCUGCCUGUAAAUACUGGCCAAGGCUCGUGGCUUGGGGUGUAUUCUUGGAGUUAAGGUAUUUUGUCAAGGAGACCUUCCUUUUUUAAAUCAGGGAGCAGGAUUAUAUCCUGUAAAUGUUAACUGCUCUGGGGCUGUAUUCUGCAUCACUUGCACGCAGGUGUUCUACCAAGCCUGCAUUUGUCCCUCUGCAUGCACCUGCAGUGCACUCAGCAUCCCCCGAGGGCUGUGACUGUGCUUCAGCCUAGCACUGUGAUCCAUCCCUGCGCAGUGGAGCACUUGAACGUGUGCCAGAGCCAUGUUGACUCAUGGUGAAGGUUUAAACGCUGCAAAAGGGAAGGAAAACCAAGGUGGAACCUUAGUGAGUCCCAGAGCAUGCUGGGGCUCUGCAAACGCAGAAGGACGUGUUGGGACAAACUGCACAGAGGGGUGGUUGUGCAUGGAAUGCCUGCACACAGCUGGCCACAUUUGGGGCAAAUGAGUCUUCAGUGGGUCAGAGCGUGAGGGCACCAUCAUCAGGUCCUGCUGAGCAGCCUCAGGAGAAAGGCAGCAACAGUGGGCAGAAAGAAGUCCCUAAGGCUGGCCACAAAGGCAGGGGGAUAAGGAGAGUGGGAGAAGAGAGCAGCUGUAAUCCUUGUCAGCGUGGGUCUGCUGAGGUCUGAGCAACGCUUGGGUGGUGCUCACAGAGCUGUAAGGCCACAAGUGAGGUUUUAUUUAUUGUGCUUUUUAACAGAUGGUAGGGGGGAGAAGUUUGCUAACGCAGGUGGUGGUUGGGUGACUCUAAAAAUGUGCAGCUGGGGGAGUUAAUGGGGGUGAGGUGGCUGGGAAGCUGCUCAACUAAUGAGACCAAGCAAAUAAUUGCAGCUUUAUCUCUAGUAACUGGUAACUAGGGCACUGCUGUAGUUUUGGAGAAUUGAGGAGAGUGGGUAUUUGUUGUGAUUAUCCCAAAGUCUGCUUUGGAAAAUUGCCUUUUUUGGCAAGAGAAAUCCUUCUGGAGCUGUUUCUGCAGGUCCAGGGAACAGAAAGUAUCAGAGAGCUGAGCUUUUGUCAGACCUUGUUUCUCCUGCCAGCCUGCCAGCUUUGUGGGUUUGCCCUUCUAUCUCCAGAAACUGCACACGUCAAAAGGGUGGGAGCAGCACAAGCAGCAAGGACUGCUGGAGUUGAUCCAGGAGCUCGGUGUGACUUCUGCAGGGAUGCUUCGUUCACUGAGCUGCAGUGAAACUCUUGCUCGUUUUUACGUGUGUCAGGGCAGCUAGGAGCAUUGCUGCUCAUAUUGUGAAGUAAGGAAGAGAUUCAAGAGAGAAUCUGCUCACGAUGAACGCCCCUGGCAAGGCAGCCCUUUUGUUCACUCUAGAAAGUCGUUAGCUGGAUGUCCAAAUAUUUGUCUGUGUCCUCGCUGUGAGCACGGGAUGGGAUUGGGGUGGCAGGGCUGCUGGCAGUGACUCUGGGCGCUGUGGGCACUCGUGGAUGCUUUAAUGUUUCCUCUGCCCGAACCCCGCUGGCGGUGCUGCUCUGCUAACGGGUGCCUGACGGCUGUGCUGUGCAGAGGGCUCCUCCUGACGGCAGGCGGCUCUGGUCAGCCUUUAAGCUUGGGGAUGGGCCCAGCACGGGAAGCUUUGAUGGCAGUUUCUCAUUUGGAGCAUCUCUCUGAUCUCCAGGGGGUCGUUUGUUCCUCUCGCUCCGUUAAUAGCUGCAGCUCUGCAGUUUGGGGGGCAGUGAAUCACAGGACAGGAUCACUGAGGUUGGGAAAGAUCUCCAAGGUCAUCCCAUUCACCUACCACCAAUAUUCCCCACCAAACCGCGUCCCUCAGUACCACAGCUAAAUGUUUCUUGAACACCUCCAGGGACGGUGCCUCCCCACCUCCCUGCACAGCCCAUUCCAGAGGAGAAAUUAUCCCUGCUAUCCAACCUGAAUCUCCCCUGGUGUAACCUGCGGCCGUUCCUCCUGCUGGCAGCUCUGUGCUGAUACACGCCAGGAUGCUGUUGGCCUUCUUGGCACCUGAGCAUGCUGUGCUAAGUAAAAAUCCUCAUUUAGUAUCUCCUGGCUGGUAUGAAGGAAUGCUACAGUGUGUGCCUGACAUAUUGGCAGGAAAACAUUGCUGUGAAUGCCACACUUGCAAAUAGAUGAGCUCUGCAGCUAUUUAAUGACACGUCACAGCAGAUAUACGUAGACAACAACUCACAGCACUUAAGAAGCUGCCUCAGCCAGCUGUGUGUGUGCUGUCCCUGCUCUUGCACAGUGAUUUCCAGUGGUGCAGCUCCAGGAAUCGGGUGUUCCUUCACUGUUCUCACAGUCAUGUUGCUGCCUGCUUGUGCUGCUGUUCUGCAGUGAGAUGGACCUGGCCUGGGAGAGGGAAGGCUCUGCCUGCAGGUUGUGUCUGAACGAGGGAGGGAUGUGCAGAGGACGGAGGGCUGCAGAGCUGUGGAGCCCUGCCAAGAGCAGGAGCUCGUUGUUGUCUGGGCUCUGGGGACAGGAGGCAUCAAUACCUGAUGUGUACGUGUAACUUAGUUUGGGUUCUCAAAUUCCCCCCCUUACCAGGGCUGAGCAAAGCAGUGAAAGGGAUUUCUUUGCUGGCCCCGUAGAAGACCACAUGCUGAGCAGCACGCUGGGUGCUCUGAAAAACCAUCAGUUCAAGAAAGAAAAGAAAAGCUAUGACUUUUCAGGAUAUAAUUCUGAUCCUGCGUGCCGUAACCUUGCUGCUGUUACCUGAUUUCCACCUGUUGUUAGUGUUUAAGUCUCUUGUUCCGCUCGGUGUGAAGUAUGACUGUGUGUGCUCUGACUCCAGCAUGAUGUAUGUGCACUCAGUACAGUAAUGGCACGUGGCCGUUACCCUGUAAAUAUGUACCAUGAAUAGAGAGGCUAUUUUUUGCAUGCUUUUGUACUCUAGAACCAAAAAGAA